AUGGACCGUAACGACCGUGCACACUCUGAAGUUCGUUCUCGUAGCAACUCAACUCUACAAGAGCCCUCAUCGUUUGAAAAGGCUCGUACACAAAGUCCGACUCCUCGCGAGUCAACGGCUGCUUCAGAUGUAUCCGCUCGUGAAAGCCGAAGAAAAGCUGCAGAAGAGAUUACUGUCAAGUGAGA